AUGGGCGGUCCCGUAGGCGCCUCUCGCUCGGAGGAUGAGUCGAGAUUUAAGACGAUCCCGAACAACACUCACCGGAACUGGUGGAGUGACCCAGAUGAUGGAAGCCUGUUUAAUGGUCUGCAGAGCAUCGACGCCUGGCAGGAGCACUUUGGCCAUCCAACCAGUAACAUCUUGGGCUUGAUGAAUUCCGCGGGAUUCCUACCCGGCCUUAUAGUCUGUUGGCUUUCAGACUGGCUAGGUUCGCACUAUGGUCGGCGCAUAACUGUUUGGCUCGGCUCUGCCAUCUCCAUUGUUGGCGGCCUCAUCAUUGCUCUCGCCAACGGCCGCGGCAUGUUCAUUGCUGGUCGAGCUGUCCUGGGUAUUGGCGUCCAGGGGACUCUAGUCACGGCACCCUCCCUUCUUCAAGAGAUUGCUCACCCGCGCUACCGAGCUAAGAUCUCUGGAUUCUAUAUGAGCAUCUACUAUCUGGCGGCCAUCAUCUCUGCCUGCGUCUGCAGGGGAACACUCAACCUGGCUGGCAACCAGGCUUGGAGGAUCCCUUGCUACCUUCAAGUGGUUGGCCCUGCAUUCGUCAUCCUGACCACCCUGAACUGUCCCGAGUCUCCUAGGUGGCUCGUCAAGAAAGGUAAGGAGAAGGAAGCCCGUGACAUCUUGGUCAAGUACCACGCCAAUGGCAAGGAAGAUGAUGAAUUGGUCGAGUACGAGUUCCAGGAAAUCGUCGUUGCCCUGAGCGAAGAAGAAGCCAACUCGCAGACAAAGUAUACCGACUAUCUAAAGAGCCCUGGUAACCGACGCCGUCUCCUGAUUAUUAUUGUCGUCUCUCUCGGCACAAACUGGGUUGGAAACGGGAUUAUCGGUUACUACCUUGCCCCGAUUCUGAGGACUCUUGGUAUCGACUCUACGGAUCAGCAGCUGCAGAUCCUCAUCGGACUUCAAGUCUGGAAUUGUGGUCCUUCUGCCUCCGGCGCUGCUUUGGGUAUCGAUAAAUUUGGUCGCCGUCCGUUAUGGCUCACUUCUACUACUGGCAUGUGCCUCUCGCUUUGCGUUGUCAUGGGGCUGUCGGCAGGAUACGAUAAGACUGGGACAAAGGCUUUAGGCACCGCUGUCAUCCCGUUCCUCUUCCUCUUCUACGGUUUCUAUGAUAUCGCAUGGACGCCUCUAUCCUACUCAUACCCCAUUGAGAUCUUGACCUUCUCUCUCAGGACAAAGGGCCAGGCCAUUUUCGUUUUUAUGCAGACCUUGGGUAUGGCGACGAACCUUUGGGUUAAUCCAAUCGCGCUGGAAGCUAUCUCGUGGAAGUAUUACGCUGUUUACAUCGCGGUAGAUUUCGCCUUGAUUUUCUUAAUCUACUUCACGUUCCCCGAGACCAAGAACCGCACCAUUGAGGAGAUUGCCAUUAUUUUCGACUCUCAUCAAGCCACGGAACUUACUGGUAUCAUGAAAGGCAAGGAUAUGGGCCCGCAAGAGGAGCAAAUUGAGGGUAGCGGAGCUGCCAUUGACAGUUCUUCGGCAAAGGCGAGCCAUUAA